CGACUCCCUCAACCUCUGUCACAGAUCCUCCUGGCGCGUGGCCACGCAUGGGACCGGCUAUUUAAACCGGAUUCAGCUGACAACCCCGUUACAAGCCAGAGAGACUCGAGUAAAAGCGAGAAACGGGCCGACGCGCUCCAGGGUGAAACAACCCGAUAACUCUGUUCCUGUUCCUGUCGUAAUGGAGUUGACGCGCAACGCCUCUGCGUUUUCGUCGCAGCAGACCAACCGAAUCCCCGGUGGAGGCGACAGUAACGCGUAUUUAUACAUCGUCAUCGUAGUGUCUUUCUACGGAGUCUUCCUCAUUGGGAUCAUGCUCGGUUACCUGCGCACCAAACGGCGCGAAAAGAGGCGCACGAACUUAUUUACGCGGCUUCUGCACGAGGAGGAGCAGCGCGAGUGGGGCGCGAGCCAGAAGAAGCACAGUUUCAGCCUCCCCGCGUUUCCCGCCCUUCGCUCCACGCCGGUGCCGUUUAUGCUGACCACCGGCCGUGCCCUGGAAGGCGGGAGGGUUCUCGCGCCUCUGGCGUGCGCGCUGUGCUCGGUGGAGCAGAGCAGCGUGAGCUCCCUCAGCUCCGUCGCGGAUGUGCGCUUCGCCAUCGAAGAGGAGUCGGACAGCGGCGGACAAGAGGAUUCACAGAAAACAAGCAACAGUGACGGAUCGUCCUGAGAAAACUUCAGAGAAGUACUCUGAGGUAGCGCUGCAAGCCGUUACUAUGGCAACCGUAGUUCCCGCCGAAAAGCACUGACUACCACAGUUAAUCUUACCGCAUAAAUAAAACUGUUUUAAGUUGGUAUUAGCCACAGUUGUAAUAAAAAUGAAUUAAAGAAAGUUUCUGAACGCUUCUUGUACUGUUUCAAGAAAAUCCUGUGUUAAUUUAUUGAGGUUUUACGGUUGUAAAAAACCGUUUAAACUUGGCGGGAACUGUGGUCAACGUACCGAAGUGCCAUGAUGGAAAAUAUGAACUCUUACGCCAGAAACACACUUUUACACUUGCGAUAUAAAUUGGAUUUGACACAUCUUGGAAUACAAUGACGCACGAAAUUCAGCUUGUGUUACUAGAAGUGUAUUUCCUCGCAUACUUAUGUGUGAAGUAUGUUUCAGGCCUUAAACGCGAUGCUAAACAUUGCGAUAAACCUGGAAGUCACUUGAAAAACUUUUUUAAUAUCAUUUUACUCAAUAAAGGCCUAUAUCGUCAUUCACGCAGACGUGUAAAAUGAUUUACAAAAUGUAAAAUUAAUAUGUAAAUUAUAUGUAUAUAUUGUUCUACAGGCAUGGAUAUGUCUAUUUAAAUUUUACCUUGUUUUGUGUGUAAACUAAAUAAAAUGUUCCUUCAGAAUGUGAA